CGAACCUCAUCGUCAAUUGAUAUCCGCAAUUUGAAUAUGGCAGCGAAUCAUCCCAUCCACAUCCACCCUGCUCGACCACUCUACCGCUUUACGGCAACUGCCCUCGGCGCCAGCAUGUGGUUUUUCUUAAUGUACCGAGCUAAGAAGGACGGGCCUGCAUUGCUCGGUUGGAAGCACCCUUGGGAUCAUUGAGCGCAAACGAAAAUGGGAGAGAAACCAUGUUCAUAUAUCUAGUACAGGCUGGAUCAGCCGGCCAUACACCUCUCGAUACACUGAAUACC